GCUGUCGAGCUAUUCAGCUCAAACUUUGAGAGAGCGAGUGCAGAGAGAUCCUUGGGAGCGCUGCUUUGCUGGGCUGGCCAGAGCUGGCGCGCGCGCGUGUCUGUCUCUCUCUCCCUCUCUGUGGGGAACAUCCCAUCCCUUCAAGAGCGCGGCAAGAUCUGCCGCCUGCCUGCUGCUGAGGCAUCUGCAUCGCCCUCUCUCCUCUCCUCUCCUCUCCGCUCGUUUCGGGGCUGGGGAUGCUCUGCGGCUGGGGGGCAGCCCUUCUUCUCCCCGGCGGAGGCGAGGAACAAGGACAACCUUCCUGAAUAUUUCAUCGCCCCGCCAAACAAAGCCCGCCUUCGCCGUUUCCUCUUUUAUUGUCCGAACCGACUGUGAAGGAGAGACAAGGAGAGAUGCAAAGGGAGGAGGGGGCUGUUGGGAAGCUAUAAAAUAUCUUGUUUCGGGGGGCUCAAAGCACAACUUCGCCGAGAAGGAGGAGGAGGAGAAGUAGUUCUCUGCGGUUCGGAGUUUCCCCCUCGUUGUGAUUGGGUUUGCCGGCCAACCCAGAUGAAGUAGAGGCGCGUUUGGAGCGGGCUGAGGCUGAGGAGGGGCUGCCAUGCCUCCCUGAGGCAAAGCCCAGGCAUGCCUUCUCCCGCCUCCGCCUGAAAGCAGCGUCCCCUUGACCUCCAGCCCGGCGGAGGGAGGCGGCCUGGCGGCUCUGGCGGCUUCUUCUCCUUCCUCGGCGGCGAUGUGGCCGACGGGGGGCGCGGGCAAGCUGCCCUCCCCGCGGGACUCGGCGUUGCGGAGGGCGGCUUUCUCCGGGAACCUCUCGGCGCUGCCUUCGCACUUGGCGCCCAGCGGGAGGAGCGUGCGGGUCUUCGUCAGCACCAACCCCGAAGAUACAGUAGCAGAAAGAAGUGCAUUACGAGAGCAUGUAUAUCCUAAACUGCGGGAAUUCUGCAGGGAAAAUUAUGGACUAGAAUUUCAGGUUAUCGAUCUGUAUUGGGGAGUAGAACCAGAGGAAUGGCACAGCCCAGAGCUCCAGAAAACCCGCAUGAGGCUAUUAGAAGAUUGCCUGAAGACAUCUGCAGGUCCAUGUUUUGUUGGCCUUUUGGGAGAAAAAUACGGAAGUAUGCGAAUACCAGGAGAAGUAGAAUCAUCAGAAUUUGAAAUGAUUCUGGAUGCUGCUGUUGAGGCAAAACUGGAAACAAGGAUUUUGGAAGAGUGGUAUUGCAGAGAUGAGAAUGCAGUGCCACCAACUUAUUAUCUCAAACCAAAAUCUGAAAUGUUGAAGAGCAAUCCCAAUAUGAUGGAAGCAUCCUCAAACCCUGUAAGUGAAACCAAAUGGCAGGAGAUCACAGAAGAAAUUAAGACAAUUAUUAAAACAGCUGUGAAGAUGCUAUAUGAAAAGGGGAAAAUGAAACACAGUCAAGCAAAGAGAUAUCUUUCUUCCGCUAUCGAAGAUGAAUUUGAUUUUGCAUUAGGAAAACAAACCCCAGCUUUCCUAAAGAAGUGUGUUUGCUACAUACGGAAGAUUGCAAACAUAGAGCGUUUUGUUAAAGUUCCAGAGAUGGAGAAAUACAUGGAUGUCCUCCACGCAGGUGGAAAGCAUACACGUGACCCGGAAGCACUUGAGAAACUCAUCAGACUCAGGGAUGAAUUUGUUCCUACCAUUGUAGCAUCAUCAAAUUUGAGAGUCUACACUUCUGUCACCCACUGUGACAUCAAAUAUGGUUACACACAAGAAGUGGAGAACCACUACAUUGAAGGGCUUGGCAAACAGUUUUAUGAAGACAUGGUUGAUAUCAUUCAAGCAACUGUGCAACAGAAUUUUGACAUAGAGACAGAUUGGCUCUAUGACGAAGUCCUCCAACAUUCCUCACUAUGUCGAACCUACUCUUCAUUCUAUGAAUACAAGUGUGAUGCUAGGAAUAUUAUGCACAAAUACAUCCGGCCUAGGAAAAUGGGCCACAUUAACCCUCUUGUCAUAUAUGGAGGACCAUGCACUGGAAAAACCUUCUUAUUGGCAGAAGUUGCAAAAAAGGCUUAUGGUUGGUUGAAGGAAGAAAUGGGACCAGAAUCUGACCCUGUAGUAGUUAUCAGAUUUUUGGGAUCCACUGAGAUGAGUACAGACCUUAGGAACCUGCUUCAAAGUAUUUGUGAACAAUUAGCAAUUAACUAUCGCUGCCUCGUGCAAAAUUAUCCCAAAAAAAUCCACGACCUCCGGGAGUUGUUUAUAAAUCUUCUGAAUGAAUCUUCAUUUCAUAGACCUCUGGUUAUGAUAUUUGAUGCUGUGGAGCAGCUGUCAGAUAAUGAUGAUGCUAGAAAACUGUGGUGGCUCCCUAUUCAUUUGCCCCGUUCAGUGAGAAUUAUCUUGUCAACACUGCCAAACAAACAUGGAAUCCUGCAAAAACUGAGGUGCCUUAUACAUAAUGAGGAUAACUAUAUUGAAUUGAUGCCUAGAGACAGGAAGAUGUGUAGUCAAGUUCUCAAGCAGCAACUGCUCCAAGUUAAAAGAAAAGUAACAUCCGGGCAGCAAAUCUAUGUCAAUGAAGCUUUUUCCAGAUGCACACUGCCUAUGUUUGUAAAUUUAACCUUCAGAGAGGUCCAAAAUUGGAGAUCUCACAAAGAUGUUGAUGAGUCUUCUCUCUGUGUGACUGUUCAUGACAGUAUAGAGCAAAUGUUCUGGUCAGUAGAAAACAACUGUGGACCCAGACUUGCCUCACGAGCCAUUGGUUACAUCACCAUGGCCAAGUCUGGUCUCAGUGAAAUGGAACUGGAAGACAUUUUGGCUCUUGACAACACAGUUAUGUUCGAACUAAAUGAGAGCAUCAGACAUCACAACCCACUGAGAGUUCCUUACAUUUAUAUUGCACGACUGAAAGAAGGAUUAACCGGAUACUUAAUGGAAAGGCAAGUUAAAAACGUUACCCUUUUAGUAUGGGCAAAUAGGCAUCUACAACUUAUUGCCCAAAAGAUGUAUCUUAAUAAUGAAGAAGAUGUCCAUGAAAUGCAUAUGGUGAUGGCUGAAUAUUUUCUGGGUGUUUGGUCAGGAGGUAGAAGGAAGUCUCUUUACAAUGAAGACCAAUACCUGAAUGGUUGCCUUGAUAGUGACAGUAGGAGCAUGAAUGAUGAGGAAAAACACAUAAUGGAUCAGACCAAUUUUGAUAGGCAGUCACCUGAUCAGCCUUGGGUAUUCCAGUGUAACCCUCUUGAACCUGACAUCUUUUUUGUCAACCAUAGAAAAAUGACAGAACUUUUGCACCACUUGACUCAGUGUGGGAAAACAGAUGACAUGCUAUACGGUGUCAUUAUGAAUUUCAGUUGGUUGUAUACCAUGAUCAAAAUUGGGCAGUUUGACAAAGCUCUCUCUGAUGUGGAAUUGGCCUAUAACUAUUCACAAGAAAAAGAACUAAAAUUCCUUGCAAACACACUUCGCGCUAUAAAAUACAAAGUGAUAAAAUAUCCAGGUACCCUCUCUGCUGAAUUACAGCAGAGACUUCUUCCCGUUGUUAGUUCAUUGCCUAAACUGAGGCAGCUUCUUCUGGAAUGUGAUAAAGAUGGUCCUAAAUACUGCUCCAUUGUUCCACUGCAUUCUUCGAUGGAUGUAACUUACAGCCCUGAGAGAUUACCGUUGUCUUCCAGUUGCACUCAAGUCACCGAAAUCCUGCCUACCUUUAAUCCAAGUACAGUCAUUGUAGCUCUCGAAAAUGGCUCCAUCAGUACCUGGGAUGUGGAGACUCGUCAAUUAUUACGGCAAAUAACAACAGCUCAGUCAGUAAUCCUGGGCAUGAAACUCACUAGUGAUGAAAAGUACCUUGUUGUGGCCACAACCAAGAACACACUCUUGAUUUAUGACAACCUAAAUUCCUGUCUUCUGUCUGAGGUAGAGAUUAAGGGAUCAAAACAUGGUGGAAUUGGUGUAGGUUCCAGUUUUAUAAAUGGGUUUACUCUCUCAAUAAAUCAUGCACUUUCAUGGCUAGAAGCUAGCAAGGACAUUACUGUAAUAGAUCUACUUUAUGGAUGGCCACUUUAUCAGUUCCAUUGUUGGUAUGAAGUGACUUGUGUCCAGUGUUCCCCAGAUGGAAUGUAUGCUUUCUGUGGACAGUACUUGAAUACAGCAUCUAUAUUCCAUUUAGGCAGUGGAGACAAGCUGGCUACUGUGACUUCAGAAUUUUCUGGUGGGUUUGUCAAAUAUCUUCUGGUCCUAGAUACAGCUCAAGAGAUGGUGAUGGUGGACAGUGAAGGUGGUCUUUCCAUUUGGAACACUGAGGAAAUCACCAACCCCCAACUGACAGAUGACUUUGAUUGCAAGAGGGGAGACAGUGAAUUUAUCAGUAUUGAACUAGCUGAAGACCAAAGUGCAAUUUUAAUAUGUAAGGCACUUAAUAUAGAGCUUCUGGACACUGGCAUGUGGAAAGUAGCUGAAAAGUUUAGAGCUAAACACAAUGAACGCUUUAUAUCAGCUGUGUUGUCCAAAAACGGUGACUGCAUUGUUGCUUCUAUUGAAAAUACCUCUGCCAUUUUUGUUUGGAGGAGAGAUACAGGACAGUGUAUGGCAAGCUUACAAGAACUCUCAGGAAACAUUGUCAAAUUAAUUAAGUCAAAUCAUCAUAAUAUGCUGCUCUCCUUAUCUACCAGUGGUGUCCUUUCUAUCUGGGAUAUAGAUAUUAUAACUGCAAUGUCCAAUAUUGACAAAACUGGCAAGCCAAUACAAAGACUGGUAUUGCCUGCCAAAGGUGAAGUGAUUUACACACUUGAUGGGUCUGAAGUUAUACAUAAGUGGAACUUUGGCACUGGAUUUAUUGAAGCUAUAUUUAAGCAUGAAAGUAUUGUUGAAAAUUGUGUGCUGACUUCCAAUGGAAAGUUGAUGAUUACUUCUGAUGACAAAUGCAGUCAGUAUGUAUGGCAGACUAGUUCUGGUGAAAAUCUCUUCCGCAUUAAUGGACAAAGGAUAAGCCAGCUGCUGAUAACACACAAUGAUCAGUUUGUUGUCUCUCUCUGUGAGCAAAAUGCAUCUAGAGUCUGGAGACUGGCGACAGGCCACAGAGUUUGCAAUAUUCUUGUUGCCUUACAGAAUGCAUUUAUAACCACUGCUAAUACAUUUGUAGUUGGAAUGACAAAAAAUAAAGUGCUGGCAGUGAGUCUCUGGACCGGGAGUAUAACCAAGAAAUUCUGUUGCGAUGAUGGGAUAACUAUUGUUGAUAUCAAACUGAUCCCAGAUUGCCCUGACAUAGUGGUCUUUAUAACAUCAACUGAAACUGUGAACAUCUGGAGUCUUACUGAAGAAGUUAUCUGCAGACGUGUACAACUUCCCAACACUUUCUUAAAGACUUUAGAGGAUUUUGAAAUAUCACCCAAUGGGAAACUAGGGAUUAUAUCCAGGGGUGAUGAGAAUAUCAAUGUGCUUGAUCUUCACAGUGGCAAGCUUCGUGUUGUCCAUGCUUCUGGCAUUAUCUGGAGGCAGCGGCUGUCUCAGGAUGGGCGCUACCUUGUCUACAUUUGUUUUCGUACUGGUGAAGAGGAUGAUGAUAACGGUGCAAUUUCCAUCCUAAUCGUAAUGAGAUUGGCAGAUGGCAAAAAUAUUGGUGCUUGUUCCCUUUAUAAAACUCCAACUUUCCUUGCCCUUUCCCAGAGGCAUUUGAACAUUAUUGUCGGCUUUGACGAUGGAAGCAUCGGCACUUACACUGUAGUGGAUCGAGUGGAUGCAGCACUGAAAAUUAAAAUUGCUACUUCAAAUAGCCGACAGAUUUUCAACAAUGCAACACAAGUGAUUAAACCGAAGUGUCACAGUUAUAGCUUCAAGGUGACAGCAGAUUGCAUCUGGAGAGAGUCUACAGAAGUGUUCGCAAGAGACAGUCCAAUUACAGUGACAGACCCAGAGGCAAGUGAAGCAACCCCAACCAAAAAACAUAACUACUGCUAUGACAAAGUAUGUUCUGCCAUAGAUUGCAGAGGGCAUGGGUUCACUGCUGACAAUUGAUUAUAUGUAUUUGACAAAACAGCUCACCAUUCCACACACCAAAUUUCUGUUUAUCUUGUUUGUAUUUUGUUAUAACAAGUUUGAAAAGAGAACAGUUAAAAUGAAUGGGCUACAAGUUUAAAUAUUCAAAUGUGAAUCUUAAUCCAAGGCCCUUAACUGGAAAUGUCUAGCAAUAUCAUUAACAUUAUUUUAACAUUACACAAUUGGGGGGGGGGUAUUUUUAAGCUUUUUAACAGUAAAUAAAGCUACUUUUCAUAUGGGAAUGAGGCAAGCCAGCCAUUUUUAAAAAAAACAUCAGGUGGCUGUAAGUCUAAAUCUCCAGGUAUCUUGAAUAGGUAUAGCAUGCAAAAAUGAGUUUUAUCCUUCUAAUGGUGCACAUGAUAAGAUGACACAUGUCAGCCUGGAAGACUUGAUGCAUUCCAUAAACAUUUGAAUUAGUAGCUGCUAUUGUUAUUUGAAAAAAGAGGCACAAUCCUACAGCUGUUUAACACAUUUAAGUGUUGCUGAUUUGAUUGGAAACAAAUACAUUUCACUCGAUUUGACUUUACUCCACUUUGCUUGGAUUGCAUCCACUGAUUCAGUGGAAAUAGGGUAGAAGCCAAACUCUACAAAUAGCAACAUGUGAGGUCACAAAUCAAUCAUAUUAUAAUCAGAAAAACACUUUUACAUGAAUUGUACAUUUGGAUUUGGAUUCCUGUUCUUUUUUUGCAAACAUACAAAUAAUAAGAACUAUUGAUUAUCUUAGUCAAGUAAGAAAGGGUCCUAAAUCCUGAAAUUGUGUUGUUUUCUGUCUCUUUCACAUUGUAUUUUAAUACUGUGUAUAAAAAAUAACAUCUUCAAAGAAAAGGGCAUUAGGGAUAAACAGUGACACCCUCUCCCCACCUCUCAUUCUACUCUCUUUUAUUUUAAAACAGAUUUAUAUCUCAAUCUUUCUGAAAUAAGCAAGUCCAUUUUUAAUCCUUGCUGAAAUCUGAACAGAAAGCAUUCAGACAUGCUGUGUAUUGCUCUUGAUACUUGUAGUGUUUGCCUUACUGUUGUUCCUGUUAUAUUCUGUGUGAAACACAGAUCAGAUGACCAAAUACUCUGGGACUAACAUUAUGCUUGUGUAUGUGCUGAAAAUUCCAGCUGCCCCAAAGGGUUCUUUACCGUUCCACUUUAUAAUGAAUUUCUUACUUCUAUUUAGAGUAUUUAUGCCUCUUCACUUCCUGCUGAAGGACUGUUCAUGGCCUUUUUCUAGUACUUUUAUCAAUUCCAAUGCAAACAUUGUGAAAUAUGGUCCUUUAUUUCUCAUCACUUAGCUCACUUAGCUGAACUUACUGAUGAUCUGAUAAUUUAUACACAUUCUGCCCCAAUCCACAGCUCUACUAAAGUAAAGUACUUGGGAUUGGGGUGGUGAAUCCUUCCCAUUCUCUUGGAAUAUGCAAAAACACAGGCCCCACCAGUGUGGAUGGAUUGUGUGUGUAUUGGGGCAUUCUCCUUCAAAAGACAUAUGUGUCCAUCACAUGUGUAGUUUAAAAUGGAGAUGCAAAAAAUAAGGCAACACCCCAUUCCUGACAAGCAGUACAAAAGAAUAAAUAUUUCAAAACAUUCUAGUAUGAACAUCUCUGGAAUGCUGAUUUGCGUUCGGAUGUGUGUCAUUCAUUGACUGUACUGUAAUCACAAACUCAUCAUCACCAAUUUACUCUCAAUUCAAACAACAUUUUUCAAUGCAGACAUUCCACUGAGAGUCCUUAAGUGCUCGAUUAUUCUGGAAUGAAAGUCAAACAAUGUACACGCAUGUAUGAACCAGAUUUAGCUGACAAGUGUGUUUAUAUGAUAGCAAUACCGGUUCCACCUCAGUGUCAGAAACUACAACAUUACAUACAACUUUAAUGCUAGCUUUACAAGCAGACACAUUGAGUUUGGUAUUACAGGAUGAUAACAUCAACUGACUUAUGUGCAGGUACUUUAGUUUAACCUGAGCUGUGGGAUUAUUUAACUACUUAUUUUCAACAUGGCAUGUCCUUGACAUGUUUCAAUGGAUAUGAAGUCAACAGAUGUCUUUUACUUUUUAAUAGUUGACAACAGAACUCGGAGGUUCAAACCACAUAUGAGAUUGAGAGACCUGUUUGCUUCAAACAGAAUCUUCCCCAGUUAUGUAUAAAGUGACUUGAUUUUGAGAGUGAAAGGCUUUUAUGUAUGGUGAUAUUUCACCUUCCCUCCCCACAGCCUUUUCCUCCAUACAGUUGCGCUCUCAUCCUUCAUGAGAGAUCAUCACAAUUGAGAGGGGAGUAAAGCUGUGGAUGUAGACAAGGUUUGGCAUCCCCAAUUAUCCCUUUGCUUUAAAAAUUGGACACACAAAAGCUUCACUUUAUGCACUUUAUUUGGCAGGCCUAGGUCUAAUAAAUGGGACUGCCAGCGUCUUUUGUGUUUUGAGCCUCAGUGACUGAUUUUCUGACAAAAAUAAGCACCUAAGCUAGCGAAUAACUACAGUGUGUGCAUAUUCUGUGUGAAAGCCAAUGUAGUAUAUAUCAAGUGACUUGAAUGACUUUUCCUAACUUGUUUGCAACCAAUAGAUCAUAUUGAAUGUUUUUAUGUAAACUUUGUAUUGUUGGGGAAGAACUACCCAAUCAGAGAUUUAUAUUUUCAUAAAUGUUCAAUUUAGUUAAAUUUUGUUACAGAGUUGUUAAAUUAGAAAUCUAUUGCUGUCUUCAAACAAUAUACAGUCUUGUGUAUGCAUUGUUUGUAUGAAUAAAUAUAAACUAUAUAAUGAAACUAA